AACUUUCUAACUUGUGGCAGCAAGGUUAUUGGUGCAAGGUAUUACAAUCUUGAGAACUUCGAGGUAGAAAACCCAAGUCCAGCCGACCUAGACGGACAUGGAACCCACACUUCCUCCACAGCUGCUGGUAUUGCUGUCAAGGAUGCAAGCUUAUAUGGCAUAGCACAAGGAACUGCACGUGGAGGUGUACCAUCAGCCCGCAUUGCCAUGUACAAAGUAUGCUGGGGAUCUGGUUGCAGUGACAUGGAUUUGCUAGCUGCAUUUGACGAUGCCAUUUCUGAUGGGGUCGACAUAAUAUCAGUUUCAAUAGGAGGGGCUUCUAGGAGUUUUUUCCAGGACCCGAUUGCCAUUGGAUCAUUCCAUUCCAUGAAGAAAGGUAUAUUGACCUCUUGUUCUGCUGGGAAUAACGGGCCUUAUCCAGGAUCAGUCGAAAACGUUGCACCGUGGAUCAUGACAAUUGCCGCUACAAGCAUUGACAGGCAAUUUACAACUGCAGUUAAGCUGGGCAAUGGCAUGAAAGCCACUGGAAUUUCAAUUAAUACAUUUUCACCAAAAAAGGAGACAUACCCUCUUAUCGAUGGAGCCCGUGCAUCCAACAGUUCGGGAGAUCACUACGGAAAUAUCAGUGCUUGUGAUUAUGGGACUCUAAGCAUGGACAAAGUGAAAGGAAAACUGGUGUACUGCCUAGGAAGCAACGGCCAGGAUUACACUAUAAAAGAGCUUCAUGGAGCUGGAGUGAUCACGUCGCUUGAUGCACCAACAGACACAGCCUAUCCCACCGUAAUACCUGGAACCAGCGUCCAGCUCAAGGAUGGCUACAGGAUUGAUGUGUACAUCAACUCCACCAGGAACCCUCGCGCUGUUAUCUACAAGACAAGAACUACUUACAUGAGUGCUCCCUCUGUAGCAUCUUUCUCAUCAAGAGGACCUCAGUUGAUCAACCUCAACAUCCUUAAGCCUGAUAUUGCAGCACCAGGGCUGGGUAUAUUAGCUGCCUACUCAAAACUGGCAACAGUGACAGGGGAUCCAAAUGACAGCCGAUAUUCCCCAUUCAACAUUAUAUCAGGAACAUCAAUGUCUUGCCCACAUGCUGCAGCCGCCGCCGCCUAUGUUAAGACCUUCCACCCCGACUGGUCACCUGCUGCGAUCAAGUCUGCACUCAUGACUACAGCCACGACUAUCAAGAUUAAAGACGUAGAUGCAGAGUUAGGAUCUGGAUCAGGGCAAAUAAACCCAUUGAAGGCCGUGCACCCUGGACUUGUCUAUGACAUUCCAAUGAGUUCGUACAUUAGAUUCCUAUGCAAGGAAGGCUACAACAGCACAACCAUCAGUCUACUAAUAGGCGGCAAGAAAAAGUACAGGUGCUCCAACUUCCAGCCUGCGCAAGGCACGGAUGGCCUCAACUACCCUUCCAUGCAUGCCCAGCUCAAGAGUGCCGAAUCCAACAUUUCCGCUGUGUUCUACCGCACAUUGACUAAUGUAGGGUAUGGCAAUAAUUCAGUUUAUAAGGCGACCGUAACUUCACCAAAGGAUCUAUCAAUCAAAAUUGUACCAAACAGUUUGAAAUUCAAACGGCCACACCAAAAGCAAUCUUUCAAGGUUUUUGUGGAGGGUGGUUCCAUGCAAAACGGGACUCGAAUCCUAUCAGCUCUACUCGAGUGGAGCGACUCAAAGCACAUUGUUAGGAGCCCUAUUAUUAUCUACAAUUCAUCGCAAUAGGUACUCUUUGUGUACUUUUUUACUCAGAUUUGUUGUCUGCUCGUUUUUCAUAAUUACCUCUUUAGUAUUAAUGUUUAAGUUAAACUCUCCUACUUUUUCCUGUAAAUAAAGAUUUCAGUAAUUGCAGAGACGCAU